AUGGAUGGAAAGAAUCAAACAGCUCUGUCUGAAUUCAUCAUUUUGGGAUUCUCCAAUCUAAACGAACUGCAGUUUUUACUCUUCACCAUCUUCUUCCUGACCUAUAUCUGUACUUUAGGAGGAAAUACAUUCAUUAUCUUGGUGACUGUGGUUGAUCCACAUCUACAUACACCCAUGUACCAUUUCCUAGGGAAUCUGGCCUUUCUUGACAUCUGCUAUACCACCACCAACGUCCCCCAGAUGAUGGCACAUCUUCUAUCAGAGAAGAAGAGCAUUUCUUAUGGGGGAUGCAUGGCUCAACUUUUUGCAUUUAUUUUCUUUGUGGGAUCAGAGUGUCUCCUCCUGGCAGCAAUGGCAUAUGAUCGCUACAUUGCAAUCUGUAAGCCCUUGAGGUAUUCAGUUAUUAUGAACAAGGUUCUGUAUAGCCAGUUAGCAGCUUCCUGCUGGUCUGGUGGUUUCCUCAAUUCAGCGGUGCACACAGUACUGACAUUCCGACUGCCCUUCUGUGGCAACAACCAGAUUAAUUACUUCUUCUGUGAUAUACCUCCUUUGUUGGUCUUGUCUUGCGGGGACACUUCUGUCAAUGAAUUGGCACUACUAUCCAUUGGGGUCGUCAUUGGUUGGACUCCUUUCCUGGGUAUUGUCCUUUCCUACCUCUAUAUUAUCUCCACCAUCUUGAGGAUCCGAUCGUCCAAGGGGAGACAAAAGGCCUUUUCCACCUGUGCCUCCCACCUGACCAUUGUCCUUCUCUAUUAUGGCAGCACCAUCUUCACAUACGUACGGCCCAUCUCAUCUUACUCACUGGAAAAAGACAGGCUGAUCUCAGUAUUGUAUAGUGUUGUCACUCCCAUGCUAAACCCUAUAAUUUACACACUGAGGAAUAAAGACAUCAAGGAAGCCAUGAAAGCUGUGAGGAGAAAGUGGCAGCUGCCACUUCUUUCUUUCGAUGUGUAA